CUACACAGAGGGAGCCCUGAUUUAUCCCCACACACUCACUUCAGACAGUUGCUUAUGCUUUCACUUCUCAAGCAGCCACUUACUUUCAUUAACAAACACCGACUGUGUCUGUUUUAAUCUGUGGGUCAACACACUAUUGAUGACUGAAGGGACUGUGAGUAUUAAUCAUAUCGCUAAUAAUUAAAGCUCACACACUUCCCGUGUAGUCUUUGUUUUCGGCCUACAGACCAGUGCUGCUACAUUUAGCGAAAAUCCUCCGCCUUAACGGGAGUGAAAACCUCUCAGGCUGUAGGAUGUGUGUUGACUGCACUAUCAGCUUUGUUCGUCUGCGCCUGGCAGCUGAUCGUCUGCAGUAGCACAAUGACCGACACAUCUACCCGACCCGUACCGUCACACCUUCUAAAGUCCUUCCAAUGAUAUGAUAGUAGCCACCUGGAUUGCAUUCUGUGCCUGCAGGAGCCUUGCACGGGUUCUACGACUGACUGUAGAACAGCUGCGGUCAGUGCAGUUUUGGCCCAGCCUCUCAUCCAGUGGAACUAUGGGGAACAGCUGCGUGUGCAGAGAGGACAGUGACGUGGAGGAGGGAUCAGCCCCUCGCAGGCAGCACAGGCGAGUGGAUAACUCUGUCUCUGAUCCCCCAGAGGCCAGAAGCAGCCGGCCCAGGGACCCGGUCCGACCGCCCAGGCGAGGUCGAGGACCGCACGAGCCACGUCGGAAAAAACAAAACGUGGAUGGUUUGGUACUGGAUACGCUGGCCGUCAUCAGGACUCUUGUUGACAAUGAUCAAGAGCCGCCAUACUCCAUGAUCACACUGCAUGAGAUGGCAGAGACGGAUGAUGGCUGGUUGGAAGUGGUGCAGUCUUUAAUUAGGGUAAUUCCUCUAGAUGACCCACUGGGACCGGCUGUAAUAACCUUGCUACUGGAUGAAUGCCCUUUGCCCACCAAAGAUGCUCUGCAGAAGUUGUCGGACAUGUUGAAUCUAAGUGCUGCUGUGGCCCGUCAGGACGCCCUUAUCCCAGCCAAACACCGCAACACCACAGCAGUAUUGGGCUGCCUGGCUGAGAAACUGGCUGGUCCAGCGAGCAUUGCGCUCCUCAGCCCUGGCACUCUGGAGUACUUGCUCGAGAGUUUGAGCUCUGAGGCCCAUCCAACUGUCAUGCUGUUUGCUCUCAUCGCUUUAGAGAAAUUCUCUCAAACCAGUGAGAACAAGCUAACCGUUUCAGAAUCGUGUAUCAGUGACCGACUCUCCGUUCUGGAGUGUUGGGCUGAUCACCCGGACUACCUUAAGCGGCAGGUCGGCUUCUGCGCUCAGUGGAGUCUUGAUAAUCUCUUCAUUAAAGAGGGCCGUCAGUUCACAUAUGAGAAGGUCAACUUGAGCAACAUCAACGCCAUGCUGAAUAGUAAUGAUGUCAGCGAAUAUCUCAAGAUCUCUCCCUCUGGACUGGAGGCACGGUGUGACGCAUCAUCGUUUGAGAGCGUCCGCUGCACAUUCUGCGUUGAUUCUGGGAUUUGGUACUAUGAAGUCACGGUCAUCACCUCCGGUGUCAUGCAGAUUGGCUGGGCAACAAAGGACAGCAAGUUUCUAAACCAUGAGGGUUAUGGGAUUGGAGAUGAUGAGUACUCGUGUGCGUAUGAUGGCUGCAGGCAGCUGAUCUGGUACAACGCUCGCAGUAAACCUCACUCCCACCCCUGCUGGAAAGAAGGUGAUGCCAUAGGCUUCCUGCUGGACCUCAGUAAGAAGCAGAUGAUCUUCUAUCUAAACGGACACCAGCUGCCUCCUGAGAAGCAGGUGUUCUCCUCUGCCACGUCUGGCUUUUUUGCCGCUGCCAGUUUUAUGUCCUACCAACAGUGUGAGUUCAACUUUGGAGCCAAGCCCUUUCGCCACCCCCCCUCAAUCAAAUUCAACACAUUUAAUGAGUUUGCCUCGCUUGCAUCAGACGAGAAAAUCAUUCUGCCCAGACACAGGCGCCUGGCCUUGCUCAAGCAGGUUAGCAUCAGAGAUAACUGCUGCACCCUCUGCUGUGACCAGAUGGCAGACACUGAACUGAGACCCUGUUUGCACAGUGGCAUUUGUAUGGAGUGUGCCUUACAGCUAGAAACGUGCCCACUGUGUCGUCAAGACAUCCAGACACGAGUCAGACUCAUUGCCCACGUGUCCUGACAUCAACCCACCAACCCAAGACAUGGACUUUCCCCCUCAAGCUUCCAUCUUUUCCAAUCCCCACUGUCUGAGAGAUUGACCUGACCAGUCAAAUCGUUAUGCUGUUUUAGGAUUGAACGCUGCAGUUUGGACCGUUGAUCGUUUGUGAGGAUGGAUGGAAUAGACCCUCCAUGAAGAUAGAGAUAAAAAAUAAAGAGAGAACUCUACACUGUUGCACUCUAAGGAGGCCCCAAUCAGAGUGGCAAUGGGGGCUGUUGCUUAAAUUGGAGGUUUCAAGUUUUCCGGGAAUUUAUAAUGAUUCAGGAAUUGAUAAAAUAUAAAACAAGUACAUCCAUUUACAUGCUGAUCUGAUUUAAGUGUCUCCCGUCGAGCUCUGGUCAGGCUCUGCUGUGUGUCUGUUCAGAUGUGUUAAAUAUAUAUGUGACUUCUCUCAUUUUUUAUUCUCAGCAGGAAAUUACAUCAGUGUCUUAACCACUUUGUUUCCUCUCAAUGUUUAUGCCUGUCUUAGAAGCCCAUUAUUCCUCACGGUCAAACUUGAUUGGCAGAAUUGAACGAGAAUUUAAAUAACUGAAAUUGUCUCAUUUAUAUGACACUAUGCUAAAGGCACUCAUGUGAAAACCCAUAUGUGAGGUUUAGGGGAAAUUUUAUGUGUUUCUUUCAUGGUUAAUACACAUAUCCAUGUCCCAGUGCUGCUGAGGCUACAUUUGAAUUUUCUGAAGCAGAGACUGAAAUCUGAAUUGUGAUGUUUGUAAUAAAUGUCUAUUUUAUGUGUUG